GCGUUGGCUCCAAAGUGGUUGGAGGCGGAGGAAAAGCUAUUGGAGGUGGUCUCAAUUCUGUUUUCCACAUUGGACGAAAGUCAAGCAAACAAGAUGUCAAGACUGACGCUACUGAUGGAAAUCAAUCCGGCAAUAUGCUGGUGCCAGAAAGUGGAGUCAUUCCCAAUAGUCAAUCGUCUUCUACUUCCACUAUAAAUGGACAAAACAAGCGAAACUCUAUGGAUCCCACGGCUAGAGGUAAGAGCUUUGUUUGGCGUAAAGAGAGCGAACAAGACGGAAUACGGAAAGCCAACAAAAAUUACCCGUUGUAAUUUUUGUUUUUUCAAACCUAAUGUUCGCCUCUUUGUUUUUAAUAACCCUGUCGCUUAUGCCUUUUUCAUUUCUUAUGGCUACAGGUGAACUAACAGAAACCACUGGAGCAAAUGGCAUCGUUGAGGUUCAUGUUAUAUCUGCAAGAGGCCUAAAGGGAGUAGACAAAAGUGGUACUAGCGAUCCUUUUGUUCGACUCAAAGUUGGUAAAGACCACAGCAAAACGAAGCACAUUAAAAAGUCACUGGACCCACAAUGGAAUGAGACUUUCAAAUUCAAGGUGACAGAAGCUCCAGUUGGACUUGAGCUGGAUGUUAAGGACCAUAACACCUUGUCAUCCUCUAUUGCUCUCGGUAGCUUCCAUGCUAACUUAUGGGAUAUACUAAAGGUUCAACCUGGUCAGUCUGCUGAGACAGAGCAAUGGUUCCCUAUAUCUCCACCUGGUAGUGGUGAGAUCCAAAUCAGGCUUGUAUUUAGUCCUUGAUGAAGUGGUAAAAACGGCGCAAUGGACAGAGAACGUGUCUACCGCUAUGUUAAAGAUUUUUAGUCUU